CAACAUUCUUUACGACAACUUCCUGCCGUGUUCCGAUAGACCGGUGUCGUACGUUUUUGCAGAAUCACCAUGGCGUCUGUGUUGAAAGAGACUGCGAGCUUGUAUGAGACCCUGAAAGCUGAAUGGAAUAAAAAAAAUCCAAAUCUGAACAAAUGUGGCGAGAUCCUGAGCAAGCUUAAGAUUUCCCUUUUGGAAUUGAACUUUUUACCAACUACUGGGACCAAACUAACCAAACAGCAGCUCAUUCUUGCCAGAGAUGUAUUGGAGAUCGGGGCACUAUGGAGCAUACUAAAGAAAGACAUCCCCUCGUUUGAACGCUACAUGGCUCAGCUUAAGUGUUAUUACUUUGAUUACAAGGAAGAGUUACCCGAAUCCGCUUACAGGCACCAGUUGCUGGGUCUUAACUUGCUCUUCCUGCUCUCUCAGAACAGAGUUUCUGAGUUCCACACAGAGCUGGAAAGACUGAGUGCAAAAGACAUCCAGACCAAUGUCUACAUCACACACCCAGUUUCAUUAGAGCAGUACCUGAUGGAGGGCAGUUACAAUAAAGUUUUCCUUGCCAAAGGAAAUAUCCCUGCCGAAAGCUAUACCUUCUUCAUUGACAUUCUCUUGGAUACUAUUCGAGAUGAGAUUGCAGGAUGCAUAGAGAAAGCAUAUGAACAGAUCCAAUUCAACGAGGCCACACGGGUCCUUUUCUUUUCCUCUCCUAAAAAGAUGACAGAAUAUGCUAAGAAAAGAGGCUGGACGCAGAGCCCUGAUGGUUACUAUUCAUUCAGUACCCAGCACCAAAAGACAGAAGAAGUGAACAUCCCCUCCACAGAGCUGGCCCAACAAGUCAUCGAGUAUGCAAGGCAGCUAGAAAUGAUUGUGUAGUGCGAUUAUACAACAUGUAGACACAUGUAUUCAAAUAGGUUCUUGUUUGUUUAUCCCAGUAUAGAAAUUAAACCAUUGUACAGUUUCCAUAUGUCUAUACUCAGUUUAGACACAAGAUAACAUGCACUCAGAGAAACCAGGACUUUUUGGCCUACUUUUAUCAUGCCUGUAAAAGAAGCCCUGUUUGUUGUGUUAUCUGUUGUGUUUUUCUUCGCAUUACAAGUGAACAUCUAAAAACCCGUAAAUACAUUUUUGGACAAACUUUCAUGCAACAGUCACAUGUUCUCCAUUUGAUUCACUGUGCAAGGUUUUUAUCAAGGGUGUGUUUCUGUAAAAGUGUUUGGGAAAAUAGAUCACAAUUACAUGAGUAUAAAACACCACCUGUACAUUUUUGCCCUAAAUGUGUUCACUGAGUUAUUGUACACCUUUUCAAUGCCCUUGCUUUGUAUCCCAGCCACUGAGUGAAGCCGUUUCAAGAUUGCAGAUUUUUUAAUAUUUGGUAAGUUUCUUUGUGAUCCUUCCCCCUAAUAAUAAAAAAAACUGUUUAUUUCUUCAGUUGUUACAAGGCAUUGAUGAUUCUAUUGAAUAAAACCUUUUUUCUGACUCUUUUAUAAAA